GUAGGUGGUGGAGCAUUCGCUGAACUCUGGAGACUAGGAUAUGUUGCUAGUUUCUGUACUAAACUCGGUGAUACAGUUUCAAGUGAAAUAGGGAAGGCCUAUGGAAGAACAACAGUAGGUACCUGGUGACAACGUUUAAGAUUGUUCCAAGAGGUACAGAAGGUGCAGUCAGCAUUGAGGGUACUCUUGCUGGAAUUGUAGCAGCAAUGUUUCUGGCAGGUGUUGGUUACAGUCUGGGACAGGUGAAUGUACCUCAAGUUGUGCUAUGUGUUCUUGCAUCCCAGAUUGCAAAUUUUGGCGAGAGUUUGAUUGGAGCGACAUUACAAGAUAAGGAAGGUUUUGAAUGGAUGAAUAACGAUGUUGUCAACGUGCUCAACAUCUCUGCUGGUGCCAUUCUGGCUGUUCUAAUGCAGUGGUUCCUUGGGUGCCCCUGAUCAAUUUUUUUUCUUGACUUCUCUGCAGUGCACCCGAUCACAUAAUUUUGUAUAGUGAUAUAGACGGGUGCUACGGCAAUUGUUUAUCAUGUUUUUUGGAGACGUCUGAACUAGAAUCAUAGAAUGAUAGAUUCCGACCUGUGGGAGUCACAGCUGAGUGGAUGUGCAUCUGUGGUCGUAAGUUUUUUCGUUGUUACGUGUUCCUCCUUUCUAGUGCAUAUCACCACCACUCA